AAUGGGUUUAUGCAACACUGUCGAAACUGGCUGUGCCUAUCCGGCACUAUUCCACCGGAAGAACCGUCAUUGUCAUUUGCGGAGCCAAGUUAGUGCAGUUUUCUGAAAGUUUGUGCAAAAGGGAUUCGACACGAUGGCGUCAACAUUGAUGGCUAAGCCAAAGUCUGAGAUGACCCCUGAAGAAUUGGCCCAGAGGGAGCAGGAGGAGUUCAAUACUGGACCCUUGUCAGUUCUAACGCAAGCUGUAAAAAAUAAUUCUCAGAUUCUGAUCAAUUGCCGCAACAACAAGAAACUUCUUGCCAGAGUGAAAGCUUUUGACCGUCAUUGCAACAUGGUUCUGGAGCAAGUGAAGGAGAUGUGGACAGAACUUCCUCGUGCUGGAAAGGGAAAGAAGAAGGCUAAGCCUGUCAAUAAAGAUCAAUACAUCUCUAAGAUGUUUCUCCGUGGAGAUUCUGUGAUUCUCAUCAUCAGUAAUCCACUUGGUGUAGCAGCCAAGUCAUGAGUCUGAUUUCCCAGCUCCAGGGGGAAUGGAACUUUCAGAAAGACUUGAAUUGUUCCAAUAAUUGGAAGGAAAAUUGUUUGGACUCCCAUUUUGUUUUAUCCUUCAAGUGUUUUCAUGCUUCAGUUGUGUAUCAUUAAGUGAAAAAUGUUUUUGAAUGUUGAUUGAUGUCACCAUUCACUUGCAUUGUCAUAUAAGAUAUCAGGAGCAGCAUUAAAACACUGCUUGUACUGGAUAUUGACAAAU